GUUGCUUGUCAUCAGUGUGUCCUUGACUCUGUAGGCAAGCAGGAGGUUAGCCAGGGAGCUACCACUGGAUUGGAAAGCUAUAGGAAGCGAAAGCGAAGCACCAGGAGAACCGUUUACUUUUUCAGUUCUCGAAAACAUCCCCCUCCUUGGAGAGUAGACACUCGGAAGAACUCGUGAUGGCUUUUUUGAUCAAGAGCAUGAUUGGGAACCCACUGUCAGGAAUGGGUCUUGGUGGUGGAGGCGACAAAGAGGAGGAGGCCACUCCGACAGAUCCUGCAAAAGCAGCCGGGAUGACACGCGAGGAGUAUGAAGAGUACCAAAAACAGUUGGUAGAAGAGAAGAUGGAAAGGGAUGCAGAUUUCUUACACAAAAAGGCAGAGCGGGCAACGCUCAGAGUGUGUCUCAGGGACAAAUACAGACUGCCAAAGAGCGAGCAGGACGAGAACAUGAUAGAGAUGGCCGGGGACGACGUGGACGUGCCCGAGGAGCUGCUCAAGAUGGUGGACGAGGACGCCACGGAGGAGGAGGGCAAGGACUCCCUAAUGGGCCAGUUUCAGAACCUGCAGAACAUGGACAUGGACCAGUUGAAGGAAAAAGCCUCUGCCACGGUGACCGAGCUGAAGAGCAAAGCGGAGGAGAAGUGCUCUGUCAUGUGAACAGCCGAGGGUGGCGAAAGCAAAUGGUGGGAAGACAGGGGAGGGGAGGGGAUUGUUAAGAUAAUAAUUUAACAUGUUGCUUGGAGUAAACCAAGUUGUGAGUCUGAGGUUCUAUACAUUUGUUGAGAAUAAGCCCACUCUCGUGUUAUGUCACAUUAUUUGAUUCAAAUCAUAACAAGAAAUCACGUUAAAACCAUCAGAAAAAUCUGCUAUAUAGUUUGGUUGUUUUUUUUUUGCACACAAAUUUGCAGUACAUUAAAUUGUGUCAAUGGUGCCCAAUCCUUCCACUCUUAUUGUUCAGUGUUGUCAUGAAAUGAGACAGGUUAGUCUCUAUAUGUGUGUGUGUGUAUUUUUUUCAUUAAAAAAGAAAGUCAAGGUAAUCCAAGAUGUGCUGAUAGAAAGCCAAUCCUUCCUGAGUUAUGCAACUUUCCUCUCAGUUUUAUUGUUUGUUUGUUUUUUUUCUUUCUUUCUUUUUUUGUUUCUGCUGUAUUGAAUGUUUGAUAUAUUUGGUCACCACCUUUGGUGUUGCACGAAAGCAUGUGAUUUUCAGGCGCUGCAAUAAUUUCAGAUGGAUUAAGUCUUUGCAGAAACAUUUGCAAAUUUGCACAAACUUAAUGUAUAAAUACAUAAAUCAUAAAGGCGGCGACAGAUGUGUUUUUUGAAAUGCUCGAAUGUACAUGGUUGUGAGAAGACAAAUUUGUUGUUCAAAUAAAAAUGCAUAUUAAACACAAA